AUGGACCACUCGCACCAUCACUCCGGGAUGAGCGCCAUGGGACACCCCAGCAUCCCGGCUCCUCCUCAGCAGCCACUGGCCACCUCGGGGCCCCACUCCCACGGCGGCAGCGCACACAUGUCCAUGACGAUGCCCAUGACCUUCUACUUCGGCUACAAGAACGUGGAACUACUGUUCUCCGGGCUGCUGAUCAACUCCGUUGUGGCCAUGGCCUUGGCUGUCGUGGCCGUGUUUCUGCUGGCCCUGGGCUACGAGGGACUCAAGAGAGCCCGCGAGGGGCUCCGUGCCCAGUGCUCGCCUUUCCCCAGACCUGACGGAGCCCGCCCCAAGGAGACGCCCCGGCCGCAGCUGCUGAGCGUCGCUUACCUCCUGCAGACGGUGAUGCACGUGCUCCAGGUGGUCCUGAGCUACCUGCUGAUGCUGAUCGCCAUGACCUACAACGCCUACCUGGGCCUGGCAGUGGUGGUGGGGGCCGGCGCUGGCUACUGGCUCUUUGGCGGGAAGAAGGCGCAGGACGUGGAGUCCAGGAACUUUCACAGGAACCAGGCUCCCCUCCCUGACACCUGCCCUGUGCCUGCAUGGGACCAGCCACACCAGAACCUUGAUGAGAACGUGGUCGAGGUCACCAGGUUCCACAUGGACUAUUCCAGCACAGACAGCUGGAGCUCAGACGUGGAUAGCAGUAUUGAUUCUUGGUAG